AUGAUGACCGCAGCUGGCGGAGGAACAGGCUCCAGCCUGGCACGCGCAAUUAUCAUUGUCACAGGUGUCUCGGCUUUGGUUUCCUCUCUCUUGUCCUUGGUUAAAAACUACCGGAAACCCUUGCUCCAACGCUACGUGGUGCGCAUAUUGUUGAUGUCAGUAUUGACGCGAGUAUAA